AUGGAAAAUCAGUCGAGAGUAAACUUAGAAAAUAAAGAAUGUGUUUCGGAGCAAACUUCUCCAGUCACCGCUAUAUCGCCUCAGACAGUUUUCCGCCGUUCACUGUCAACCAUAAGUACCGAUUCACUCGCGAACCAUCCUUUACAGAAUAUUGAUGAAGAAGAAAUUGAAUCAUUAUCGUCAAGUCAACGCAGCAGACGCUCCCCCUCUUCCUCUUCAACUUCUUCAAUGUCUUCUUUGCAGCCAAAAAUUUCACCUUCGCAUCUUGUAGCUGGAGAUUCACUUGGAGGGUUGAUAUUGGCAAAGCUUCGUGAAAUGAAUGACGAAUUUUCGGAUAUUGUUCGACUGUUGAUAGCGAAAAGAGCGACGCUUCUGCUUCCUGCGUCCGUGAUAACUCCAUCUGAAAAUGUGGAUCGGUUGCUUCUCCAAGAUCAUGUGAUAGUCACUCAACCGACUGACGAGGAUAUCAAAGUGUUGUCCUUAAAUGGAUUGAUGGGAUUUAUUCAAAAGGACACUUUCAAGGCGAUAGGUCUGAUAUCAUCAGAGAAGGAUAUUAUGGCCUCCAUAACGGAGAGCCAAAGAAAUCGCAAGUCUAUUUUUGAAACUUUCUCCAAACCUGCAGAUUUUUCUCACAAAUCUUUACCGAUUAAAAUUCUCUGUAAAAACGCUGAUAUGCUUUUACACGGAAUGACCAUUCAAACAAUUGUGAUCGAAUCCCCCGUAAUUGCAAAAGAAAUAGCGGAACGUAUUGUGAUCAAAACAGAAAAUGGGAAAGAUGUCGAAGGAGCGGAACUAUCGGAAUCUCUAUUAAAGGAAAUCCACAGUUUCAUAGAAAAUUUCCAAAAAAAGCCCCCCCAAGAUGAAGAUUCAUCGAAUAAAGAAAUUCAAAGGUUAUAUGAAAAUGUUCGCCAUCAUUUUGAAUCCCAACUUAAAGUGUCUGAAGAAUUGGCAGAGGCUAGUGAAGAUGAAAUCGAUGAAUCCAUGAACGUUGUGGAAAAAUUGUUGUGCACAUCACUUUAUGAGCAUCUAUUCUGCCCGAAAUGGUCGGACGACGAUUUGCAAGAUGAAAAUCUAGGAUCACAGAUAGCUGCUUUGAAUAUCCUAGAGUUAAAUCUUUCAAAACUAGGGGUCAAUAUUGAUCCGCACCAUCAAGAGCGCGUAAAUUUGGCAGUACAGGUAGCAGGUGUGGAAUUGCAAAGUUUGGAACAAAAGAAAGCGCCAUUUGAGAAGCUCGAUAGUAUUAUACGAUGUCACAAAGUCAUUGUCGAAGCCCUCGAAAAAAGAUCAUUGAGUGUUGUUAAACCGAAUGUUAAUACGGACAACGAGGAGAAAUCAAAUUCCAGUAAUCUUAACACCCACGUCAAAUCAAAAUCCACUGUUACGAGCCCGACGUCGCCAGCCUCGAUUCCCUUACCGGAUUCUCCCACAACACCAAAUGGAACAAGUGUUUCCACUCCGUCAGAAGAAAAACAUGACCCUAAUGCUGACGUGAUUUUGCCCCUCUUAAUAUUUAUUGCGGUGAAGUCUAAUCCAAAAAAGCUGUUAGCUGUUAUCACAUUCUUGGAAAAUGUGGACUACGAAGCUUUGGGCUUAUCUCCAAAUAAGGUGUUGAGUGAACCCAUGUCAGCCGGAGGUACAAAGGUUACACUAGAGCGGAAUGUGAGUCGUGUUGGGCAAGAAAUUGUCGGAGUGGCCGACAGCGGAAUUAAAGCUAUUACAGGAGUCAUGGAUACUUCUUAUAAAAUGAUUGGUCGAGUAUUUGGAUAUAAUGAAAGUGCAAAUACCAGUAACCCUUCUACAUUCGCAGCGGAAAAAACCAAGGAAAAUUUGACAGCACACCAAGAUCAUCAUCUGACAAAGACCAAAAUCAAUGAUAUAGUGAUGAAUUCCGAAAUACCAACAGAAAUAAUAGUAAGAGAAUUGGCAGAGUUUAACUCCGGUAAAUUCAAUACGGAAAAUGGUACAGAUGGGGACAUAACAAAUAAAAAUAUGCAGAUCGAUGAAUCUAAAUCUCUGUAA